UCAACAUGACAGAGGCUGCUGUGUCCUUCGCCAAGGACUCCCUGGCAGGUGGAGUGGCUGCAGCCAUCUCCAAGAUGGCGGCAGCACCCAUCGAGUGGGUCAAGCUGCUGCUACAGGUGCAGCAUGCCAGCAAGCAGAUCACUGCAGAUAAGCAAUACAAGGGCAUUAGAGACUGCAUGGUCUGUAUUCCCAAGGAGCAUGGAGUCCUGUCCUGGUGCGGUAACCUGGCCAAUGUCAUCAGAUACUUCCCCCACCCAGGCUCUUAACUUCACCUUCAAAGAUAAAUACAAGCAGAUCUUCCUGGGUGGUGUGGACAAGAGGUCCCAGUUUUGGCGCUACUUUGCAGGGAAUC